AUGGCGUCUCUACAAAAUAGAUAUGCAAACGGUAUGAACGGGGAUACAUUUCCGAUGAUCGGAUCUCUGGCCAAUCUUCGCUUCUCUGACAUUCCGUCUGCCAUCGAUAUUCCCGCAUCCACACUCGACAGCGAAGUCGAAGUUAGUCUUGAAGGGCUUCCCGACGACCCAACCGAACUCUGCACGCUUCUGGAGAACGAAAAGGCAGCGAAGAAUUUCUGGGUAAUCAUAGCGCUCGCCUAUGCCAAACAAAGGCAGAUUGACCAUGCGAUUGACAUCCUGAACAAGGGCCUCGCGUCAGUUGCUCAAGGUGCCACGAAGGAGAAGCUCGGGUUACUGGGUUGGGUAUGUUGGCUUUAUUUGCUGAAAGGCCGACAGGCACCCCGGGUGAUAUCAGAUGGUGGUUUAGGUACAGAAGCCAAGACCAAGGACUACUAUAUCCAGCAAGCGACGGGAAUACUAAACGAAGCUUCACGGUUGAACCCGUCCUUUCCGCCACUUUUCCUUGCUCGUGGUGUUCUUUCCUUAUUGCGCGCCUCUUUACAUCCCCCGCGACCAGUACGGCCUGGAACCGUUGACAAUUCAGAAAGAGUGGAAUCAUUGCGACAAGCUCUCAAACAAUUUGAUGAGUCGUCCAAAGCAUUUGGGGGUAGAAAUAUCAUGGCCAUUCUUGGGCGUGCAAGGGCGCAUUAUCUGCUUGGACGUUAUGCUGAGGCGCUGGAAGGGUACCAGAAGGUCUUGGUUAGAAUGCCUGGAUUAAGUGACCCAGAUCCUCGGAUUGGCAUUGGGUGUUGUCUAUGGCAAUUGGGCUUCAAGGACCAAGCCAAGGUUGCCUGGGAACGUGCCCUAGCACUGAACCCUGACUCGAAGGUUGCCAACAUUCUCCUCGCGGUAUACUACCUCUAUGACAGCUCUCGGCAUGCUACUACGGACCCAGCGUUCGGUUCCUUAUACAAGCUGGCAAUGACUCAAUACACCCAGACAUCCUUCAAGUUGGACAAGGAGUAUCCCAUGACCUGCGCUCUAUUCGGUAGUUAUUUCCUCUUGAGAAAAUCAUAUUCGACGGUUGAUACCCUUGCUCGCAAAUCAAUUGAGAACACCGAUGUCAUGCAGAUAGCUAGCGACGGAUGGUACUUGCUCGGCCGAAAAUGCCAUUACGAGGGCGAUUUAGUCAAAGCAGCGGAAUACUACAGUCGUUCCGACCAGGCUCGGGGAGGUGGCGACAGGGGAUAUCUCCCGGCUAAGUUCGGCUCCGUACAGAUGCAGGUGUCUAACAAAGACUAUGACGGGGCUAAAUUCCAGUUGGAGAAGAUCAUACAGCAAACAAAGAAUCCGGAGUGCAUGAUGCUCCUAGGAGCUCUCAAUGCGGAAGAGGUAUUCGCAGUGCAGAGAAGCGAGAGCAAAGAAGACAAAUCGGCGGAAAUUAAGAAAGCCAUAACCCUUUUCGAGGGUGUUCGCGCGCUGUGGAAAGAUGAAAGUAAAAAGAUCACACCAGACGAGUCUGUCUUGGUGUAUCUCUCCCGGCUGUAUGAGCAGUCUGCUCCAGAUAAGAGCAUGCAGUGCUUGACGCAACUGGAAGAACUGCAAUUGGCGGAUAUACCGGAUGAAGAACGCCCCCAGGACCUCGAAGAUGAGGAGGAAAUCAAGGCUGCACUUCGAGUGAAUCUGCCACCGCAACUGCUCAACAAUAUUGGUUGCUUCAUGUACCAAAGCGAGAAGCUGGGCCUAGCUCACGACAUGUUCCAAGCAGCACUUGACUCCUGUGUCCGAUCGCAAGAGAAAGAGAGUGAGCUUGACACUGAUGCGCUGGUUACAACAAUAAGUUACAACCUUGGUCGGGCAUAUGAGGCGUCUGAUAUGCCAGACGAGGCGAAGAAGAUCUACGAGGGCCUCCUGGAACGUCACAGCGACUACACCGAGGCGAACGCGCGAUUAACAUACCUCGCUCUCCGCCGUAGCCCAACAGACGAAGGGCCCAAGAAGAUGGCCAAGCUCUAUGAGACUGAUUCGACAAAUCUUGAAGUCCGUGCGUUAUUUGGGUGGUAUCUUAGCAAAUCCAAGAAACGGGCUGCAAACAUUGCAGAGGACCAUGAACAGAGGCAUCACAAGCAUACACUACAGUACUUUGACAAGCAUGACCGAUACUCCCUCACCGGGAUGGGCAACGUCCACCUACUCUUUGCCAGAGACAUGCGACGUGAUACGGACCAGGAGAAGGAGAAGCGUCGCAAGAUGUACGAGCGUGCUGUCGAGUUCUUCGAUAAGGCACUUCAAUUAGAUCCUCGGAACGCCUACGCAGCGCAGGGCAUUGCAAUUGCACUGGUGGACGACAAGAAGGAUUUGAGCACAGCAGUGCACAUAUUCUCCAAAAUCCGCGACUCGCUGAAAGAUGCCAGCGUCUACCUAAAUCUGGGUCACGUCUACGCAGAACUACGUCAAUACACACGCUCGAUCGAGCACUACGAGGCAGCCCUAUCAAAAGACCGGGCCCGCGACGCCCAGAUCCUAGCCUGUCUCGGUCGCGUUUGGCUCCUCAAAGGCAAGCAGGAAAUGAGCCUCGCAGCAAUGAAAACAGCCCUGGACUACGCGCAGCGGGCACACUCCGUCGCUCCUACCCAGGCUCACCUAGAAUUCAACGUCGCUUUCGUCCAAAACCAAAUCGCCUCUCUAACCUACAGUCUCUCCGAAACACAGCGGACGGUGCAAGACGUCCAAGAUGCAGCCGACGGCCUCCGCACGGCAGCCGAUACCUUCGGACGUAUCGCCCAAGUCAAAACCCCACCUUACCCGGCCGAGUCCCUCGAACAGCGUGCCAACAUGUCCAAGACGAUUAUCAAGCAGCUUGACCGGGCCCUCCAAAGCCAGAAGGAAUACGAAGAGAAAAACGCCGCUAAGCUUCAGCAAGCUCGUGAUGCCCGCGAGGCCGAGAUCCGCCAUCGCGAGGAAGAAGUGCGAAAAGCCCAAGAGGAAGAGCGCGAGAGGAAACAACGUAUUGCUGAAGAGCGACAACAGCUCGUUGAAGAAGCUCAGAAGUUAGCCUCCCAGCGUGCGGAUGAGGAACGGGCGCGUGAAGAAGCCGAGAUGACGACUGAGUCCGAGACGGGCGAGAAAAUUAAAAGGAAGAAGAAGACUGCAACAUCAGGCAAGAGGAAGAAGCAACGCCGUACGGAGGAUGACUUCAUUAACGACGACGAGGGUGAGACGAGGGCUGCACGUAGCUCUGAGCCUGAUGAGAGUGGCAAGGAGGAAAGCGCGCCGAAGAAAAAGAGACGGCUGGAGCGAAGGUCGAGAGGUGCUUCUUCUAGUGCUGGGAAGGCACAGAACAAGUAUAAGAGUUCUGAGAUGGUGGUUGAUUCGGAUGACGAGGAGGAACCUGCUGCUGCUACGCCGACAGGUGGUGAUGAUGACGAAGAGGAAGAUGGAGUUGUACAAAGGCGCAGAGCCAAGGUGACGAGACGGGUUGCAGACGACGAUGAUGACGAUGAGGAUGUCGCUCAACCAGCUGGAGACGAUGGUGACGAUGACGGAGGCUUGUUCAGCGAAAAAGAGGACACGGAGAUGAAGGAUGGCGAUGAGUAG